GGAGACAGGCAGCAACAGAUUCUUGAGAGCCUAUUUAUACAUUUUUCUAGUGUUUACUCCAAACUGUCUCGUCUACAGUCAGUGCCAGAGAAUACCCCUGUUGGUUAUGGCACUGGAAUCCUGUUCUUAACUGCUUUUCAGACAGUUUUACUCUUCAUCUUGAGAAUAGGAAGAGGACAGGCUGCAUAAGACAAGUGUCUGUCGCUUGUGCUGGAGUAAGUCGAGAGUGAAGGAGUCAUAUCUCUUGGCGGACUAAAAUUAGCAAGGGCCAAAACAUCCUGAUCACAUGGGACCUUGUGGACACAGUUGACAAGAAUCGCCUCUACUUGCCUGAAGAAAAAAAGGAUAUCUUUAGGUUUUGCCUCGAUCUUUUAGUGUGGAGAUAAAGGCCCCUCUACCUGGAAUCAACACAGGUCAAUUGUCUUCCCAACUCCAUACCAGCCGCUGAAGAAAGGGUGACAAGCUUUCCUUUUUGACACUGCUGGAAAGCCCCAUCACCUACACGGUAUUUUCCUCCUCAUCAUAGAUAUUCCCUUUUUUAAGGUUUUCCAAACAUACCAGAUGCUUCUGUGAAAGAAACGUCAUGGAGCAUGGAAGUUCUGACAUUUGUAACUACACUUGGAUGAAAACACUUGGAUUUCGAACAAAGCCUAGGAGAGGGGUCCCAUAUGAACAGAAGGAGGUAAACCGUAAAGGGAAAAAUGCCACCGCGAAACCCCCUAAAGUCCCUAGUACAGAAGUCCCUAAUACAAGAGUUAGUUUGGAAAUAUUUACAAAAGCAUCAAAUGAGCCGCUGGCUCGACUUACGAACCUUGAGGAAUCACACCUUGAGAACGAGGACAAAAGCUUCUGGGAAUGGCGUGAGUCCUGGAAGUGCAUAAAACCUCCCCAAACUGAGGAGGAAGAUGAGGAAAGUGAGGAGGAGGAGCAAGAUGGAGAGAGUGAGGAAGACGAAGAGGAGGAGGAGGAGGAGGAAGAAGAGGAAAAUGAAAGUGAGCAUGAGCAAUCUACAGUGCAGUCCAUGAACAAUGUACAGAGCAGUGAACAAUCUAAUAUCCCCUGGUGGCGUAAUACUUUUACGACCCAAUCACGAGCGCUCAUGUCAUCAUCCUAUCCUAAAAGUGUGCCUGAAGUAGAUGUCAACAUCAAGAAGGACAGUGAGAAUAAGGUUGAAGAUAAGAAGAUGGAGGACGAGGAGGAGGAGGAGGAAGAAGAGGAAGAAGAAGACAAUAAAUCUGAACAUGAGCAAUCUACAGUACAGAAUAGUGAACAAUCUAAUAUCCCCUGGUGGCGUAAUACUUUUACGACCCGAACACGAGCACUCAUGUCAUCAUCCUAUCCUAAAAGUGUGCCUGAAGUAGAUGUCAACAUCAAGAAGGACAGUGAGAAUAAGGUUGAAGAUAAGAAGAUUGAGGAAGAAGAGGAGGUGGACGAGGAUGAGGAGGAGGAGGAGGAAGAGGAAGAAGACAAUAAAUCUGAACAUGAGCAAUCUACAGUGCAGUCCAUGAACAAUGUACAGAAUAGUGAACAAUCUAACAUCCCCUGGUGGCGUAAUACUUUUACGACCCAAUCACGAGCGCUCAUGUCAUCAUCCUAUCCUAAAAGUGUGCCUGAAGUAGAUGUCAACAUCAAGAAGGACAGUGAGAAAAAGGCAGAAGAUGAGGAGAGUGAGGAAGAGGAUGGGGAUGGGGAAGAAGAUGAUGAGGAUGAAGAUGUAAAAGAAAAUCGGAAAAAUAAGGAUCAGAAACGGGUUGAGGAGGAGAAGAAAGAGAGUGAGGAAGAGGAGGAGGAGGAAGAGGAUGAUGAGGAGGAGGAAGAAGAGGACAAUGAAACAAACCGUCUACAGAACAGAGAACGAUCGAAAAUCUUCUGGUGGCGUAAUCGAGCACGGGCGCUCAUGUCAUCAUCCCGUCGUAAAAGUGUGCCUGAAGUAGAUGUCAACAUCAAGAAGGACAGUGAGAAUAAGGCAGAAGAUGAGGAGAGUGAGGAGAAGGAGGAGGAGGAGGAAGAUGAUGAGGAUGAAGAUGUACAAGAAAAUCAGGAAAAUAAGGAUCAGAAACAGGUGGAGGAGGAGGAAGAGGAGGAAGAAGAGGACAAUGAAAGUGAACAUGAACAAUCUACGGUGCAGACCAUGAACAAUGUACAGAGCAGUGAACAAUCUAACAUCCCCUGGUGGCGUAAUACUUUUACAUACCGAGCACGGGCGCUGAUGUCAUCAUCCUAUCCUAAAAGUGUGCCUGAAGUAGAUGACAACAUUAAGGACAGUGAGAAUGAGGCAGAAGAUAAAAAGAGUGAGGAAGAGGAGGAGGAGGAGGAGGAGGAGGAGGAAGAAGAGGAGGACAAUGAAACAAACAGUCUACAGAACAGACAACGAUCGAAAAUCUUCUGGUGGCGUAAUCGAGCACAGGCGCUCAUGUCAUCAUCCCGCCGUAAAAGUGUGCCUGAAGUAGAUGUCAUCAAGAAGGACAGUGAGAAUAAGGCAGAAGAUGAGGAGAGUGAGGAAGAAGAGAGUGAGUAUGAGGACGUAGAUGAAGAAUUCAUAGAUUCAGAGAAAGAGGGUGUUCAAAAAGAAGAUGCUGAAAUUAAAGAUGAAAACAAGUAUCCAAACAUUCAGAUACAAAAGGAGGACAGUGAGUCUGACAGUGAGUAUGAGGAGCUAGAUGAUGAAGGACCAGAUAAGGACAAGAAUCAGAACUUCCAGGAGCAGAAGGAGGAGAGCGAAGAGGAGGAGGUGGAGGAUGAGGAGGUGGAGUAUGAAAAGGAAAAACUAGAAGAGGAUAAUGUUGGUAACAAAGAUGAAAAAGAAACUAAAGCUUGGAGGAGCAUCACAUUUUCUCAAAGGGAGGAGAAGGAGGCAGAGGAGGAGGAGGAGGAGGAGGAGGAGGAAGAAGAGGACAAUGAAACAAACAGUCUACAGAACAGUGAACGAUCGAAAAUCUUCUGGUGGCGUAAUCGAGCACGGGCGCUCAUGUCAUCAUCCCGUCGUAAAAGUGUGCCUGAAGUAGAUGUCAACAUCAAGAAGGACAGUGAGAAUAAGGCAGAAGAUAAGAAGAGUGAGGAAGAGGAGGAGGAGGAUGAUGAGGAGGAGGAGGAGGAUGAGGAGGAGGAGGAGGAAGAUGAUGAGGAUAAAGAUAUACAAGAAAAUCAGGAAAAUAAGGAUCAGAAACAGGUUGAGGAGGAGAAAGAAGACAAUGAAAGUGAACAUGAACAAUCUACAGUGCAGUCCAUGAACAAUGUACAGAGCAGUGAACAAUCUAAUAUCCCCUGGUGGCGUAAUACUUUUACGACUCGAGCACGGGCGCUCAUGUCAUCAUCCUAUCCUAAAAGUGUGCCUGAAGUAGAUGUCAACAUUAAGGACAAUGAGAGUAAGGCAGAAGAUAAAAAGAGUGAGGAAGAGGAGGAGGAGGAGGAGGAGGAGGAGGAGGAGGAAAAGGAUGCAAAUGAAGAACAACAAGAUAAACCAGGAUAUAAAGUUACUGACAGAAUAGAAAGAGAACGUGAGACUUGGAAGAGCAUCAAACUCGACCAAACUGGGGAGGGAGAGGAUGAGAGUGCGGAGGAGGAGGAGGGGGAGGAUGAAAAUGAAGAACCACAAGAUGAGCCACAGCAAAACAUUACUGACAGAGAAGAAAGAGAAAGUGGGGCUUGGAAGGGCCAAACUGAGGAGAAGGAUAAGGAGAGUGAGGCGGAGGAGGGAGAGGAGGACAAUGAAAAUGAACAACCACAAGAUGAAACAGACGAUAAAGUUUCUGACAGAGAAGAAAGAGAAAUUGAGGCUUGGAAGGGCAUCAAACCUUCUAAAAUGGAGGAGGAAGAUGAGGAGAGUGAGGAAGAUGGGGAGAGUGAGGAGGAAUCGGAGGAUGACGAAGAUGAGGAUGGUAGCUAUAUUGAAGAGAUAUAUUAUAUUGAGAUAAAACACAAACACGAAGAGGAGGAAAGUGAGGAUGAGGAUAUCGAUCAAAUGGACAUUGAAGAAACAAAGUGGGGAGAAUCUUGGAAGCAUUUCAUCAUGCCGUUUCAUUUUGUAGAAAAGCCCAUUCCACCGCCUCCAAUGCUGAUAGAAUGGACUAACGCUUGGAGGAUUUCAGAACCAGUUGAAUUCGACGUAGCUCCUUCGGAAGCCACGGUUGAGGAUUUGGGUGAUGAUGAAUCAACAGACCCCUUUGUUCAUGGUGAAAUAUUUCCUGUGUGCAGGGAACACAAAUGCACCUUGUGGGAUGCCGACAGAUGUAAAGAUGCCUGCCUGCCUGAGUGGGAUGCAUCGUGGGAGGCUACAAAAAAUCUGCUUGUUAUCGCACGUGUGAAGGCCAUUUUGGAAGCUAAGCGCGAAGAGGAGAAAAAGCAAAUUGAGCUGAGUGAGGAAAGUGACAGUGACAGUGACCAUGAUGAAUUUCCCAAAAGGUUGAAGCCCAAAAACAAAGCAAGAGCUAUAAAAAAUAACUUGAGAAGUUUAUUUCAUUAUAAUUUCCCACAACAGUGGAGUGAGGCCUGGAAAUCUCCCCAAUCACAGCCUGAGGAAUAUCUCAAGUCAAAGAAGCCCAUAACAACUAUGCAGUUUAGGCCAAUAGCACCCCAACCUGUUUUAAAUAAUGACUCUAUGGAAAAUUGGGGAGAGUCAUGGAAAUGCACUAAAUUUCAGCACAAAUCCAACAAGCCCUUGGCUACAAAAUGGCAAGUUUCGAGUUCUGUUCAUCAUGGAAGCAGAGAAGAUCCGAUGGGCUGGGUAGGUGCAAACAAAUCAAACACACUUCAUAAAAAGGACACUAAAGUAGAGAUGCUAGAUUCCAAUGAUACAGAUGAUGAGUGUUCAGACAAAGAAACGGAAGAGGAAACCGAGUCAGAGGAAGAAUCUGAGUCAGAGGAAGAAGCACACGGGUAUAGUUGGACUGAGCCCUGGCAACGCACAAAUUUGCCACAACUUUUUAAGAGUAAAUUAUACUUAUUUGACCCACUUCUGAACAUGGAAGAGGUUCCACCCUGGGCCAGAACUUGGAAGUUCAUGAAUCUUUUACCCCGCCAAAAGAAGCCAUUAUGGGACGUUGAGUCCCAUGAAACCUUUGACAUGCAUAAAUGGCCACCCUUUCCUAAAAUUAUACCGCCCCCACGAAAGUCUGCAAACUCAUGGGCCCUCUCGUGGAUGACUUUUGCCCCUCAGCUAGAGUGGGAAGGCAAUCCAGAAGUACCCUGUCAUGAGGAUAACGUGUUGUGGAGAAGGAGAAAGAGCAACUUGCACCGGUGUUUCCCCCUCAACGCUGACAGUCCGCCACAGGAAUUAUGGGACAAAUCUUGGAGAUUCAUGAAGUUAGAAAGUGAACCUGAGCCAGAGGAAGAGGACGACAAUUGCACUGGUCCAGAUAAACUAAUAAUAUUACGAAGAAAGGUGAAAGACAGCUGGGACUUGCUCUCCAAGUUGGAGGAAACUAAGCCAUUUCCUCCAAUGUGGGCUAAAGGUUUUAAACUAACGAAGAUCGGAUACUGGCGUGUAACAAAUUUGAUUCAAAUACUACCAUCGCCACCGCCAGUGCGAAAACUUCAACCUGAACCUCAGGCAGACGAAGCUUGUGUUGGUGGAAGGCGCAUGGUGGGCCGAUUAGUCUCACCAUUUUUAGCGAGAAAAUGUCCUCUUAAAGCAUCCUCGUAAUGAAGAAAAUGACAGAGCAUGCCCCUAAACCCCCUAACAUGAUGAACUUACUGUCCACUGGGAAAGUGGAAAACCUUGGACCAAAAAGUUAUCCUAAUAGUUAUCCUAAUAUCCUUUUUUGCAUUAGCCAUGAUGAUAAUACUGUUACCCUAUGCCCUACUGUAUGCAUGAACAAACAACCUAAUAUACAGCAUAUUGACCACUGCUGAAGCAACAAGGAAUCCUGUCCUCAAAAUCCACAAAUCCCUGCUCUCUCCACCACUCCUGCCAUCACCAACCAAAGAACACUAUGAAAUGAACUUCAAGUUCUGGAAAGAGUACUGCCUUCCCCACAUUUGCUCAACCAGUGCAAGGUCAAUAUACCUAAAUACCCAGCCAAUUUGUGUCCUAGGUGCUGUUUCAAAGCAAGGUGGAGAUCUGCUGCUAUAGUAAAUUACAUCCUCUGAAAAAUGCCCUGGUACCCCUGGAAAUACACUUAAUAAUAAUAAUAUGAUAUAAUUCAUAAUAUCAGGACUUAGACACCUGCCAACAGCUAAUAAGGUCGGCCCAGAACCGCUAACCCCCAAUGCAUACGUAGGCCUACAAUGUAAUGAGGACCCAAUCUGAGGCCCCUCGGAUCCCUGGGCCUGUCAGCUUCCUUGGAUGUACCUUACAUUGGCGAUCUCCUGCUAGUUUUCAGCAUCGGAUGUUCACUUACUGCUCCUACAAAAUCAACCUCAGUGCUAAGCCCUGGAGAAUAUUCAAAGGACAGACUAAGACCAGGAGAUAAGGUUGUGAAGCACCCUACUGUAGCCAUCUACUUGGACUGAAGUCAUGGGCUAAAAGGCAAAACAUGGUUGUAUCACACUUGAUUAUUGGAAGCAAUGGGAAGUUUGCUCCUCUACAGAAAAUGUUUCUUAAAUGCUUUGUUCCUCUUGAUUUGUGCAGAAGCAAAUGCCUAAAAGUAAGGCAUGAAUGGGCUUGUUUGUCUUCCCUGUCAGUUGAAUUUGAAAUUUCAUUAGUUUUUACCACCCAGUUUCAAUUCUGCACGAGUUUAUUGUUCAGUUAUUUAGACACUCUUUUACAGCUAUACAUUAUGGUCAAAACCUAAAACAAAUUGUAUUCAAUGUAACAACACACAGCUGUCUGACCUUUGUACGAAAAAAUAGAAUAACCACCCCCCCCAAAUAUUCAAAUGUAUAUUUCAUUAGCUCUGAUUCUGCACAUACGUAUAACCCCCUCCCCUUAUUUUGUGACUUAAUAAUUUCAGUGAUUGUGAGGUCUAUUUAUUUAUUAAAUGUUAAUGUGUUUUCUUUA